AUGUUAUUUGAAACUUUAAAAAGUCUUUCUCAACAAAAUGGUGGCCAAUUCUCUGAUGAACAAUCAUUUGAAAGUCCAAUUUCAUCAUCAUUUAAUGGUCAUUCAAUGCCAUUCGGUAGUCCAUCAUCAACAAUGAGUUCAUCCUAUAAGGGUAAUACCAAUUCCUCAACCAAAUCAAGCAGUGCCUUCUUUUCAAGACCAUUUUAUUCUGAAUAA